AUGGUGGUUAUGGUGGUGGAGAUGAUAAUGACGGUGAUAAUUGGAACUCCAGAUCUUAAAGAUGGCUUCCAUUGCUAUUGUUGGAGAAAGAAGGAAAGAUUAAGAAACUUCAAGGAACUCCAAGCUAAAUUUCAAAAGCUUGAUGAGCCAUCUCUUCCAGAACCUACUAAAUUCCUAGCAGGUGUUUCUCAAAAGGGUGACAUUGGAAGCACACAGUCAGCAAGGAUUUUGGCCAAUGGGAAACCCCUCUCAUCCAACCACAAUCAGCCCUCACCAUAUUGUCCCAGUGGUGAAUUCCAGCCUCUUAAACUCCAGAAAAUGAAGUUGACCCAGAGGAGCGAGACUCAGGAAUGUUCUAAUUCCCCAGGACCUCCUGGAAGGUCUAUUGGUUCUGCAGUAAAUACACAAAAGGCUUCUUUGCUUUUAGACAUGAAUCAGUCAAAUGCUGAGAUGACCGAUAAGAAGAAAGUAGUGAGGACCAGUAGCUUCAGAGACAAGCUCCGGAACUGGGAGAAGGUUUCAUCUCAGACGAGUGAAAUGUCACCAGCCUUUCUCCUUCCCAAUUGUGGAAGUAGGGCCUUCCAUCUGGAAGAACAGAAAAGCCUGGGGCUUACCCUAAAGGAGCCCAGGCAAAAGCUGGACAUAAAAGGAGCCCAGACUCUUCCUUCCCAGGGGCACUUGAUGGUUCAAAGAAAAUCACAUGCUGCCUCUGAAGAUCCCACUUUUUUACUUUCUCAACAUGGAGCGAAGAGCCUAGAACACACUAGUCCCAAGAGGAGCCCAACAGCAAGGACCUGCCAGCCUAUCUACGAGAGUGAGCUCAUCAGCCACACCCCAGAAAAUCAGCCAGAUGUCAAGCAUCACCAACUUCCCAAAAUGAAGCCACUGCCUUCCAUGGAGUCCCUGGGUCCUCCUCCCACAAAGCCGCCAAGACCCCCAGCUGUGAACCUCCAAGUCCUCCAGGGGCAGACAGCUGUUUCGAAGGCCUACAGGGAAGCAGCUGUGGAAGAAGGUUACCUGCCUCCAGAGAGUGCUGACUUGGAAGAACCACAUAAUUAUGAGGCAACAAUCUCAUAUCUGAGAAACUCUGGCAACUCCAUUAACCUGUGCACCUCAAAAGAAAUUGCUGAUUCAACUUAUGAAGUUGGAAUUGAAGAACUCCAAAAGCCUUGGAAGAGUUUUCUCCAUCAAGAACUUAGCCCUAAAUAUGAAGAUAAAACAACGAAGGAACAAGAGCCAUGUGAACGGAAACCUCGAAAAACAGAAAAGGAUCUACAUUCAAACCAUCUUUCCAAGGUAGGUGCCCAUGAAAGGACACCUGGAAAAAUCCAGAUGAUGACAGCCCACGGAGGUAGGGGGGGCAUGCUGGCCAGGGAGCCGGGCGCUGUGAUUGACACCAGCCAGACAAAGGCCGGCCCUAAGGACCCGAAGCUGGCCAGGCACUUCCAACGUCAAUGUGGGUAUGUGGAGGCCUUGGCGAUGACUGCAGAAAUGCCAGGCCCAGGGGCCUUUAAGCCAAGUUAUAGCUCCGAGGAGACGUAUGAUGAUGUUGAGUACCCCAGGAGAGAGGGACCAAAGUCAGACUUCUCUAACUCAUUUGCCUCAGAUAAUGAAGAAAAUAGUGAAGAAAUGUACGAAGAUGUCUACAGAACGAAGAGCAACUGCCCAAAAAAAGAUUUAGAAGGAAAAGAAGCAUUUAAAAGACUGCAGAGAUUCUUCAAGAAAGAAAAGGACAGAUUUCAGAUGAAGAAAACGAAGUCGAAAGAAAACCUAAGUGCAUUUUCCAUUUCGCUGCCUGAUUUAGAAUUUAGGUCUCAGGAAGUUAUUAUCCAUGAUGAUGUGAACAUAAAUGAAAAAGAAUCACAAGAUGAAGAUAAAGUAAAACCUUGGAAGCCCAAGUUUUUAAUACCAAAGGGAAAACAAGAGAAAAAAGGUGAAGAAUCAGAAAGUUUAUCUCCUAGAAAUUUCUUCAGAAACAAGAAGCAAAACUUGGAAAAGAAGAGAAUGGAAAGAGAAAAACUUUUUAGAGAAAGAUUUGAGUAUGACAAAGAGAUUACUGUCAUCAACACAGCAGUGGCAUGUUCCAGUAACUCAAGAAAUGGAAUAUUCGAUUUGCCAAUAACUCCUGGAGAAGAACUGGACGUCAUUGAUAUCACUGAAGAAAAUCUGUUGAUAUGUCGCAAUUCUAAAGGCGAAUAUGGAUAUGUGCUAAUUGAUCAUCUAAAUUUCAAGCAUCAAGGUUGGUCGCCUUAGGAAGAUCAACAGCAAAUGUGUGAAUGCACGAGUGAGUUCUAAGAUCUCACUCCUACCUCCUGUCAGUUUCAGUUUACAUGUCAAAAUGAGAUAGUGGAAUCUGUGGAAACUUGCAUUAGGAACUUAGGAGAGAAAACAAAAACAAAUCCUCCACAUUUAGAUGGUUUUACUCUUAAACAGUUAUCUUUCAAUGUCUAUUUCAGUAUCUAUGUCACUGCUGGCUCAAGAGAAUGUGAAACUGUGUUAGCAUUUGAACACUUGUUUAAUGAGCCAUAUCCAAAGUUAGACAUCAUGCCUUAUGGCACUCAGUUAGUUGUACAGAUGGUUAGUUUGCUUCUAAUAUUAGUAUACAAGGGUGUAUAAUUUCUAAAAGAUGUACAUUUAAAUUGGGUGUAAUUUAAUUCUGAGAAAUAAUUAGUGUAACCCAGGUCUUUUAAAUACCCAAAUUUAAAGUAUAAUCUUAAAAUAUGAAAUAAUUACAGCUCAGUUUUUUAAAAAAUCAAGGUAUAAGUGUUCUGCUUUAUCACAAAAUCAAAAUCAGACUGAAAAUCAGCAGAUUUUAUUCUGCUGAUAAUUGGUUUCUUUUGGGAAUAGUAUGCUGAAAAGUAAUGUAUUCCUAAAUUCACCCAACAUCAUUUUAAGAAGUGCCUUCGUACAUUUAACAAAAUUUAAAUAAUGUAUACACUGUAUCAGUUUAAAAUGUCCAAAACGAGGAAAAUAGUUAUUAUUUUGUCUCUGCCUGAACACCUAUUCAGAUAAUAGAAUUCACAUGUAUUUCUACUUCUAUGAAAGUAAAGAAAAAUUUAAAAAGCUGAACUGUUAACAACAUUCUAUGUUUUAAGUGCUGUACACUGCCUGUUAAGCAGGGUGAGUCUGGCCUUCAAGGGCAUGAUGGGAUUUAUUCCAUGGUCUCAUCCCUUAUACUGUAACCUUCCAUGUUCUGUUAUCUUCAUUUUCAUGUUCCAAAUGGCACUUGCCAAUAAAGGCGAAGCUUAUUCUAGAAGAAUCAAAAAUAUUCAUAGAGUUUAGAGAGGGAAAUACGUAGAUAUGAAUGAAAUGCCUAGAAGACUCAGGUUUUACAGAUAAGGGAACACUGACAUAUAUUUGCUAGCCAAGACACAGAGAUGUGGAAUACAUGCCGUGUCUGGUGGGAAAUGUCAAGAGCUGGAAUGGGGUAAUCUGGGGCUAGAAUGUGAGAGUUCACUUGGCCAUUUUCCUCUAGAGAGUGGGAACCAUUCAAAGGUCUUCAUUAGGAAGGCAAUAUCAGAUGGUUAGAGAGAAAAAAGAACAAUCACAGCAAUAUGAGUGAUAGGUUAGAGAGAGGAGAGACCACUUGUUUUUGCAAUAUUCUAGGCAAAAGAACAUUAGCCCUUAAUUUAAGACAGCAGCAAUAAAAAUACACAGUACAGGAGCCCCACUGGAGAUACUACAAAGAUAAGGAAACAAUGUCUUGGUGACUGAUUAGAGGUGAGAGAGAAUUAGGGCAUGACUCUGAGAUUUCUUUUUUGGGGAGAUUAAGGAUGGUACCAAAAUUGGGAAUAUAUUUCUGCUUGGAUCCCCCUAAAUUAAAUGUAGCUGCUCAGUGAGAGGCAGGGCAGUCAGGUAACUGCCGUCCUCUCCUACACUCUCAAGACAGACCUGUCACAGUGGGCCUUACUGUAGAAGAUGAGGAUAAAUAUGGCCUAGGGGCAAGGAGGUAAGUGAGGGAGAGUGUAGGGCUAUUUUUGAGCAAAGACCUUCCAUGCAAUAACCCGGUACAAAAGAGAAUCAGAAACCACACAUUACUCUUGCGACCUCACCAAAACCUGAAGUAUUUUUAAUCCUAUAGUGGCAGUGGGACUAAAUUUGAACUUAGAGAUAGAUUUGUCCCAUACACUUUGUAUCUCAUGACAUGGGCUCUUGUUCUAAUUCCAUGACUCAGCUCUGAGACUCAAUUUCCUCAUCAGUAAAACAGGGCCUCAUCUUGUCUACGUCACGGGGUUGUUGUUGGGCUGUAAUGUAAUAAUAUAAAUAAAGGUGUCCUAAAAUCCUUAA